AAGGAAACUGCUUCUGAAAUUGAAAGUAAAGGCACUCGACAUUGCGGUUACUCCUUCACAAUCUCGCAUAGUUGGGAUGUCUUCAACGGCUGUGACUGUCAGUCUUGAUGACUUGAAGAAUGGAAGUGUUGCAUUUUCGACAUUGGAAGAAGCCUUUGGACCCAAUUCUUUGGGAAUCAUAAUUGUCAAAAAUAUCGCUCCUGAGUUCGUGCAACUGAGACACCGACUACUUUCAUAUUCCUCAUACCUUGGAAACCUCCCUGAGUUCCGACUCGCAAAAAUCGAGAAUGCUGCCGCAAAAUACUUAACCGGCUGGUCCCGCGGCAAGGAGGCACUCAGAAAUGGCCAGGUCGACACCAAUAAAGGCUCCUUUUACGCAAAUUGUGCUUUCUACGUUGACCCCUCGCUCUCUUGUGCCAAACCUACAGCGGAGUUCUCGCCCGAGAACUUCCCUGAGUAUCUUAGCCCUAACAUCUGGCCUUCUGACACGACUAUUCCCGGCUUCAAGGACACUUUCGAGGAUCUCUGUCGUCUUAUCAUCGACACUGCGGUUCUCGUGGCUCGAGCAUGUGACAAAUAUGCUGAAAAGGAGAUACCAGAAUACAAAUCCGGCUACCUCGAGCAUGUAGUCAAGACAUCGACAACCACAAAAGCUCGGUUGCUCCAUUACUUUCCAGUGGAAGUUGAGACUGCGCAAGAUGAGAAGACCGAUGAUGACUGGUGUGCAACGCAUCUCGACCACGGCUGUCUCACUGGGCUGACCUCAGCAAUGUUCAUUAACGAGCGGCGUCAGAUUCCGGCCAUACCCAUGGGAUACGCGUACAGCCCCAAGUAUCUCCCCGUUUUGGGUGAACUCGAUUCAUCACCAGACCCAACAGCAGGCCUGUAUAUCCAGUCUCGAAGCGGGGAGACUGUUCAAGUCAAGAUACCUAGAGACUGUAUUGCAUUUCAGACAGGAGAGGCACUGGAAAGAAUCACAAAGGGAAAGUUCAAGGCUGUUCCUCACUUUGUCAGAGGUGUUAGACCUAGUGUGACGGAUGAGGAGAAUCAGGGAGGGCUUGUUGCCCGUAACACUCUUGCAGUCUUCACACAGCCAAACUUGGGGGAGAUUGUCGAUUCGGAGCAGGGCAUCAGUUUUGGUGAGUUUGCGAUGGGAAUUGUGGAGAAGAACACGACAAAGUGAUAGCUUCAGAUUGUGGCAUUUAUGGUUUCUCUGGAAUACGUAGGCAUUCAGGAUUAGAGAAGGCAAGAGAUUGGUUAGAUGGCAAAAUAAACUUGAUGAAUGAAUGCAUGCAAAUUAUCC